GGAAGUCGCGCCCAGGCCGCCCGUCGCCCUCCGCGGGCCGCGCCGCAUCAUGCUCCGCGGCCGCCCGCGCCUGCCCCCGGUGUCCGUGGCGCCGGUCGCGGCCCUGGCGGUGGCGCUGCUGUCGUCGCUGUCGCGCUGCUCCCUCCUGGAGCCCGACGACCCCGCGGCCUCGGCGCUCAGCCCCUACUUCGGCACCAAGACGCGCUACGAGGAUGCCAACCCCGGGCUGCUGCGGGACCCCGAGGCGCCGCGGCGGGACCCCGAGCUGCUGCAGGACGCCUGCACCCCGGUGCAGCUGGUGGCCCUCAUCCGCCACGGCACCCGCUACCCGACGGCCAAGCAGAUCCGCAGGCUGCGGCAGCUGCACGGGCUGCUGCAGGCCCGGCGGGGCGGGGGCGCGGGCUCGGCCUCGGCGGGCGGCCGCGACUUGGGCGCCGCGCUGGCCGACUGGCCGCUGUGGUACGCGGACUGGAUGGACGGGCAGCUGGUGGACAAGGGCCGGCAGGACAUGCGGCGGCUGGCGCUGCGUCUGGCCGCCCUCUUCCCGGCUCUCUUCAGCCGCGAGAACUACGGCCGCCUGCAGCUGGUCACCAGCUCCAAGCACCGCUGCGUGGACAGCGGCGCCGCCUUCCUGCAGGGGCUGUGGCAGCACCUGCACCCCGGCCUGCCGCCGCCCGACGUCGCAGACAUGGAAUGUGGACCUCCAAGAAUUAAUGAUAAACUAAUGAGGUUCUUUGAUCAUUGUGAGAAGUUUUUAACUGAAGUGGAAAAGAAUGCUACGGCUCUUUAUCAUGUAGAAGCCUUCAAAACUGGACCAGAAAUGCAGAACAUUUUAAAAAAGGUUGCCACUACUUUGCAAGUGCCAGUCCACAGUUUAAAUGCAGAUUUAAUUCAGGUAGCUUUUUUCACCUGUUCAUUUGACCUGGCAAUUAAAGGUGUUAAAUCUCCUUGGUGUGAUGUUUUUGACAUAGAUGACGCAAAGGUAUUAGAAUAUUUAAAUGACCUGAAGCAAUAUUGGAAAAGAGGCUAUGGGUAUACUAUUAAUAGUCGAUCCAGCUGCACCCUGUUUCAGGAUAUCUUCCAGCACUUGGACAAAGCAAUUGAACAGAAACAAAGGUCUCAGCCAGUUUCCUCUCCGGUCAUCCUUCAGUUUGGUCAUGCAGAGACCCUUCUUCCACUGCUCGCUCUCAUGGGCUACUUCAAAGACAAGGAGCCCCUCACGGCUCACAAUUACAAGGAACAAUUACAUCGCAAGUUCCGAAGCGGCCACAUUGUGCCCUACGCCUCCAACCUGAUAUUCGUGCUUUACCACUGUAAAAAUGCCAAGACUCCGAAGGAGGAAUUCCGAGUGCAGAUGCUGUUGAAUGAGAAGGUCUUGCCAUUGGCUCACUCACAAGAAACCGCCUCCUUAUACGAGGAUCUAAAGGCCCACUACAAGGACAUCCUUCAGAACUGUCAUUCCAGCAAGGAGUGUGAGUUAGCAAAGGUGAACAACACGUCUGAUGAGCUAUGAGUAGCUGCAGAACACGUUUCAUUCAUCAGGGAGUGAUUCAUAGGGAGUGAUUGAUUACGCGCUUGGAAUAGGUGGGCAAUCCGCGGUUACAGAAAGCUUUCACAGUACUUGAGUAUUUCUGUCUUUUCACAGAAAAAUGUUUAGUUUCUUUUUGAAUCUGGACAUGGACCUUUGAGCAACUAUUCUUCACUGGAGCAGCUCUCUUAAGGGGAAAAGAAAUCUAUUUAAAGAAAUAGCUGGGCCUGCAGACAUUUACAGAAAUUAGAUUCUUCCUAUUUGUAUGAGAAAUCUCACACUGAGAAUAUGAUUUCACAGUGAUACUUGAAAGUGCUGUACUCACAAAAUACGUCAUUCGGGUGAUCUGUAACUUGAUGGGACCAAGUGUAGAACCUUGACAGUUGUGACACCCUCCCUUCUCCGUGUCUCCAUCAUGUGGCACAGUUCUGAUGUCAUCCUUCUUCAGCAGAGUUAUCGGGUGCCCCAGGACUGUUGCUCUGGAGGAAAGCUAACAUCUCUCUAGCUAAGAAUCUGGAACAGUAUUAAGAAUCAGUGUGAUUUUCAAAGGACACCUUCACUGAAGGAAGACAAAAAGUCUAAUAAAGUAGAUAUUUUUGUUAAUACUAUUUAUAAAGUAUUUGAACACUUUUUCAGUAAUUCCUUUUAACCUCCUAGAAGUCUUGCAAGGCCUUUCUUUAAUUAUUUUCCCACCUGUUUUACAUUUACAACUAUGAGAGGACAAAGAGGACCAUUCUCAAUGGGGGAGGUGAAUCAGAGUUUCUUAAAUCCAUUGCUUUGCGGUGUUUUUCAUUCUGUCAUUUUGCUUCUGUUUUUAUAUUUUGCUAUUAUGUGAAGUGUAUCUUUUGGUUGUUUAUUACUUUUCCGUUCUUUCUUUCUUUCUUUUUUUUCCCUAAGUAAAAAUUUCAUCCUGGCUGGGUUAGUUUCAUAGAUCUGAAACCAUCUCACAGGGAUACUUCUGAGUUUUGUCAAAUGCCAUGAAAGUGUUUGCUAUCAUAAUAAACAGAAUUCUUGUGUGACCUCA